AUUCUGGGCGCACGCCGAUGACGUGAGAGAGAGGCGCCGGCAGGAGCAGGAGCGGCGGCGCCGGAAGAAGGAUGGGGGCAGCCCGGGAGGUUGAGCCGCAGCAGCCGCCGCCGGAGGGAGGAGGGGAGGCGGUCGAGCGGACGGACGGCGGGAGCGCCCCGGGAGCAGCGAGCCCCCCCUGGAACAUCAUGAUCAAACACCGGCUGGUGCAGCGGCGAGGGCGGCGCUCCCAGGUGAUGAGCAGUUUCACAGACCCCGUGGUUUCCAUGGACCUCCUGCGAGCUGUUCUGCAGCCCACAAUCAACGAGGAGAUCCAGGCCGUCUUUGGUAAAUACAUGAAGUUCUUCCAGAAGGCUGCAGGAAACGUGCGAGAAAACGUGGGAGAGGAUGUGGACACGGAGCAGCUUAUUCAAGAAACGUGUCGGAGCUGCCUGGAACAGGCCAAGCUCCUCUUCUGCGACGGCAAGAAGUCAGUGGCACGGCUGCCCCAUGACCUGCCAGCCUUGAAGCGGAGCCGCCCCGUGGAAGAAGAUCUCACGCAGCAAGGAAGCCCGAUCCCCAAGAAGCGGAAGGGGCGGCCUCCCGGGCAGAGCCAGUUGAGCGACCGAGGGGCUUCAGGAACAGGCAUGUGGAAGACCAAGUCCUGCGAGCCCCUGCAGAGGGACGGGCCAAAGUGGGAUCCCUCGCGGAUUGUGGAGGGCACCGCCUUUGUGCUCGGCUCCAGAGCAAACAAAGCCCUCGGGAUGGGAGGAACCAGAGGCAGGCUGUACAUCAAACACCCGCACCUGUUUAAGUACGCAGCUGACCCUGGGACAAGCACUGGCUGGCGAGCAGCAGCACAUACGAGGCCACAGGGAGGCAAGAUGGCUUAUCUGCUGCUAGAGGAGGAUAUUCAGGACCUGGUCGCCAGUGACGAGUACAGGGGGUCUGUUGACUUGAAAAUGGAAGAGCUGAAGCCCUUCGUCCCACCUCCAUGGAUGACGGUCAAGAUGCGGAAGUUCAUGGAGCUCCUCCGUAGCGAAGGGGACCAGCCACCCCCGCCGGCAGAGGGGCCUCCUGACCCCUAGCCAGUAGCUGCUCUGGAUCACUGGGCAGUGGGGGGAGGAAUGCAGGGCUCAGCUGAGCGGUCGACUGUUGUUGUAAGAAUCAGGCUUUGAAUAAACACCUUGACUUGAA